UUUGAGAUCUCCGAACGAAUACAAUGAUGCCACGUGGCGUACACUCGUGCGUCCACGUUCGGAGCUUAUCCAGCGCACGCGGGAUGGAAUCUGUAAAAUUGUAUUGGAACCCCUCAACUACUCGUUAUUGUCAAUAAGGACCCUUCCGACUUGGUUUUCUUCUAAAUAAAAUUACUCAAACUUUAUCAAGGUACUUAAACAAAAAGAUCCGAAGGACUACUUUCAAAAUUUCUAUAGUUGAGGGUGGGGAUUAUCAGACUCUCAGUACAUAUAUCACAUCCAACACUAACCCCUUCCCUAUCUCCCCUUUUUUUUUAUUCAACAAAAAAAAAAACAAAAAAAACAAAAAAAAUCUCAGUUUGCGGCUACAUUUCGAUUCAAGUCCCCGUCCUCGUCGUCUUCGUGGGAGUUGGGUUCUCACGUUCUCCCAUGGCGCUCCAAUUUUGCGGCGUAGGGUUCUCCCCCAUUCGUUAUCGGGGAGGUUUGGGGGCGAGAGCCGUUGCUUCGGAGAGCAACGCUACGGCGCUGAGAGGAGCGGAGGAGGAGAAGGUGAAGCUCGGGGGUUCGGAGGUGAAGGUGACGAAAUUGGGGAUUGGGGCUUGGUCCUGGGGAGACACCGCUUAUUGGAACGAUUUCGAAUGGGAUGAUAGGAAACUGAAGGCCGCUAGGGCCGCUUUUAAUGCGAGCAUCGAUAGCGGCAUAACCUUCUUUGAUACAGCAGAAGUUUAUGGCGCUGGGGUCAUGGGAGCCGUGAAUUCUGAAACAUUACUCGGAAGAUUCAUUAAGGAAAGGCAACAGAAGGAAUCAGUUGAGGUAGCGGUCGCGACAAAGUUUGCAGCUCUUCCUUGGCGGUUUGGGCGGGGGAGUGUUCUCUCUGCUCUCAGGAAUUCACUUUCGCGCCUUGGACUCUCCUCAGUUGAUCUCUACCAGCUUCAUUGGCCAGGGAUUUGGGGAAAUGAAGGAUACAUUGAUGGCCUUGGAGAUGCUGUUGAGCAGGGCCUUGUUAAAGCAGUCGGAGUCUCAAACUACAGCGAAAAGCGCCUUCGAGAUGCUUAUAAUCAACUGAAGAAGCGGGGUAUUCCACUGGCCUCAAACCAAGUAAAUUACAGUCUCAUAUACAGACUUCCAGAGGAGAAUGGCGUGAAGGCUGCUUGCGAUGAAUUGGGGAUCACCUUGAUUGCCUACUCUCCUAUAGCUCAAGGUGCCCUUACUGGAAAGUACACUCCGGAAAAUCCACCAACAGGUCCUCGAGGCCGUAUUUACACUCCUGAGUUUCUUGCAAAGCUACAACCUCUCCUGAACAGAAUCAAAGAGAUUGGACAGAAUUAUGGGAAAACCCAAACUCAGGUGGUUUUGAACUGGUUGAUAUGUCAAGGGAACGUCGUGCCCAUCCCUGGCGCUAAAAACGCAGAGCAAGCCACUGAAUUUGCAGGUGCUCUCGGCUGGCAACUUACCGAUCAAGAGAUUGAGGAACUCCGCUCUGUAGCAUCAGAGACAAAACCGGUCAUUGGGUUCCCAGUUGAGAAGUUAUAGUCCCAUUAUGAGAAACAAAGAGAAAAUUUUCGUGCGUACGAUUGGAAAUGUGCCUUUCUAUACAAACUUGCAAUACUUUGGAGUUUGAGUAUACGAUACUGUAAAUACACAACAAUUGUGGUGGGGGGGCGGGGGGGGAGAGGAAAGGUGACUAAUUCUUUUCAACUGUAUUAGUACAUUUGGGAAAACAUGUUAAAUUAGAGUUUUAUGAUGAAGAAUAUACGGAAUGUUCCUGACUAA